GCCCAUUGCUUUUUCGUUUUCUGCUGCUGCUCUCCCAUCACAGCCUUCAUCCAUUCACCAGCUUCUUCCACCAUCUACCACCUCGUCGCUGAUUGCGAUCUCCCCGCGCGUUCCCCGUCGUCCAGAUACUGGCAUCAUUCAGGUCGAAACUUGGACACCGACCAUCUCCUGCUUCCCCUGUCAUCUUUAGCCAGCUACUUCACUACACCAUCCGAAAUGGCCACCAAGGACACUCCAAACACUACGGACAAGAUGUCAAACCUCUUUGAGGCAUCAUCUGAGGCAACAUCAGCGAGUACUUCGCCCAAUGAAAGCUUCACGACCAACACCGAUCCGUCUGGAUCCAGUACUCCUCUGUCCUCCCUCACCGAUCUCGCCCUGACCCAAUUUGAGCCGACGGGCACUGAAGUGAACGAUGGCACCCUGAAGUUGAACAAAACCCUCGAUCACAAGUUGUCCAACUACCUUGAGUCGGAGACCAUUGACAAUGCGAAAGAAAUCACGAAGGAGCUUCCACCGGCGUACAAGCGUCGAUUCGCGUUUGACUGUGCAUUCGGCUUCACCGGAUCCUUUGACGAACCGGAGGCACCACCAAAGACCAAGGGGGCGUUCCUGGACGCUCUGAUCGCCGAGAUGGAUCUGGUCGGAAAGGUGCAGGCCGGACUGCAAGCUUACCAACACGCCAUCAAUUCACGCAAGCACCACACUUUCCAACCCGACUUCCUCAUCGGUCAGAACACGGCCACCAUCAUCACCCUCGACCAGCUCGAUCAAAUCUCGGCUCACCUCGAGGAAGUCAAGGAGGAGGUGGACAGGAUGGAACGGGACGACGCGGACAUCAAGGACGAGCUCUUUGACGCGUUCCGUCACGCUCAACCGUGGGUCGCGAGGACCAGGGCCAUCCUCGUCCACUCGCACGUCUUUUACAAGAUCAACUUUGUCCUUGCCAGUGACAAGAAUGCGACCAAGGCUUAG